CACUGCGGUGGGCUGUGGGUGUUAACCCUGCAAAACAAGAAAAGCUCACGCGGUGAUGCAAAUGGCACUGACGGCACUGAUGAAUUCAGGGCUGAAGGAGUUAAACUGGUUGGGGAUAGACUACAGAGGAGAUGAUUACUAGUAGAUAAACUCCUUUAAAAUGGUUUGGCUUUCUUGGAAGGGGAGGUUGGUGACUGCAGCCUUUUGUUGCAUCAUUGGUGGUUUAUAUGAAUAAAAGCACAGACUAAAAUAUCUUACAAGUGAACAGAGUAUUUGCCAAGCCCGGGCUUCAGUUAUGGUCUAUGACGAUACCAGUAAGAAAUGGGUGCCAAUCAAACCUGGACAGCAGGGGUUCAGCAGAAUCAACAUAUAUCACAACACGGCCACAAACACCUUCAGGGUUGUUGGAGUUAAACUACAAGAUCAACAAGUAGUGAUUAAUUACUCAAUUGUGAAAGGACUGAAGUACAAUCAAGCAACACCUACCUUUCAUCAAUGGCGCGAUGCACGGCAAGUCUAUGGCUUGAAUUUUGCAAGCAAAGAAGAGGCUACUACGUUCUCCAAUGCAAUGCUGUUUGCUCUGAAUAUAAUGAAUUCACAAGAUGGAGGUCCAGCUGCCCAGCGCCAGGUCCAGAAUGGGCCAUCUCCAGAUGAGAUGGAAGCACAAAGGAGACAAGUGAUGGAGCAGCAGCAACAGCGCCAAGAAUCUCUGGAAAGAAGAACUUCUACCACAGGCCCAGCUCUCCCACCCGGCCAUCCCAGCGGUGCUUCAGUGAUCCCUGCUUCGUCCGGUGGCCCCCCACCUCCGCCACCCCCCCCAGUCCCUCCGCCCCCCAUGGGAGUCGCUCCCCCACCACCACCCCCGCUGCCAGCCGGCGCCGGCCAAGGUGCUGCCAGUGAAGAUGGGUCGGUGUCAGGGCUCGCAGCAGCUCUGGCUGGUGCCAAACUGAGGAGAGUUCAGCGGCCAGAAGAUGGUUCAGGAGGGUCCAGCCCCAGCGGGGUCUCUAAGAGCGAUGCCAAUCGAACAAGUAGUGGAGGAGGCAGCGGAGGACUAAUGGAGGAAAUGAAUAAAUUACUGGCAAAAAGGAGGAAAGCAGCGUCGCAGUCAGACAAGCCAGGUGACAAAAAAGAAGAGGAAAGCCAAAAUGAUGAUGCUAGCACCUCUCCUUCAACCAGUACACGAGGACCCACCCAGCAGCAGCAAAAUUCAUCAGACUCUGGGAAGAAGCCAUGGGAAAGGAGCAAUUCUGUCGAAAAGCCCGUAUCUUCAUUACUGUCUAGAAAUCCAUCCAUGGUGAAGAGCUGUGAAGCUAAGAGCCCCACACAAUCCCACGUGUCUUCUAGGAUGAAGCCAGUGAGCAGCAGCAAUGAUGUGGCUAUGGAUGCCUUAGAUUUUGAUCGGAUGAAACAGGAAAUAUUGGAGGAAGUUGUAAGAGAGUUACACAAAGUGAAAGAGGAGAUAAUUGAUGCCAUACGGCAGGAGUUGAGUAGGAUCAGUACAACAUGAUUGCAAAGCAUUUGGACGGUACUUAAGAAUGCUAGGAAGAUUGAAUCAUUUCCGAGUGUACCCAAGGUCACGCAAGAUGGUGAGAGAGGACACCGGCACUGUCUUUGUUCUUAUACCCUUUUUAUUAGCAGACUCAGCACACUUUGAAGCUUGCUGCUGCCUUGGAUUUGCUUCAUUUUAAAAGUCUUAAUCUAAAGAAUAUUAAAUUUUAAAUUUCUGGAUUUUUUAGAUUUCAUCUGACACUGCACAUUGGAUUUGUCAGCCUUUUUUGUAUUUUGUAUUUGCUUAUUUAAAUGUAUUAUCUUUCUUUUUAGUAGUAGAUAAGAACACACGUGAACCAUUUGCUUUUGAUAGAUGACUUCAAAGUAAUUUUAUUAGUAGUCUGCAAUGUAAAUGAAGAUCCUUUGCCAACAGAAACGUAUUGUGGCAUCACCAGAAGGAAAGAGACAUGUUAGUUGUCAGCCAACAAGUUCUUUGUCUCAGAGUUAUCACAAUAUUAAAAAAAAAAAAAAAAAAGAAAAAGAAAAAUGGUACGUCUGCAUCACAGUAUCUGUGUUCAUAUUGGUAAUAAACUGUUUAUUGUCCACAUG